GUCUUGUCCCGUUUGCGACCGCCACUGGAGGGGACUGCCACGUUUGGGCGAAACUGCUAUUACUACAUAGGGCCUGGGAUCGCCAGGUACCACAAUCAAUCAGACGUGCAUUCCUGGGAAGUCUUGAUCUUCCAAUCACAUAUCUUGUCCUAGCUGUCAAUUAUGUUGACCGAACAGCAACAAGUCUCUGUCGAGAAGCCUAGCGUACUCAAAAGACUUGUUGGCCGCGCGCGCAGCAAGUCUGAUCUAUCACGCAACGACAGUGUCAGCAGUAUCGCCUCCAACGUCAGUAAUCUCUCGCGCUCGACCACGGGUGGCUCCGUCGCUUCCACGACGGAACGCAGUCGUGGCCGCAUGCCUUCUUUCAAGACGCCGUCCUUCAAAGUCGGAUCCUCGAGCAGCUCAUCUGCGUCUCCUCCAGCUCGCAAGAAACUCUCAGUGCCGUCAGUGCGGCCACACCCUGAGGCUGCCCUGUCGCGCGAUCUCUGGGACGAGGCAUAUGACGCCUUGCGGCUUGAUCCCAGUACUGCAUCUUUGGUAGUGACAUACGAGAGCAUUAUAUCUCAAGAGCUACCCGAAGAUGUGAAAUCAGUGGUACGUGGGACACUGUCCCCUUCAGAUGGCAACACGGAUCGCAGACUCGAUCUGAUGACCGCAAUUGCAACGGCAGGUCUUAGCAAACGCCGCGGUAGCAAGAGCAGCGAAGUGGACGACUCAACACCACGGACCUUGGAACACACCAAGCGUAUAGUGGAGAGCCAGCUUGAAGACUUCCCGUCCACGGCCCUUGCCUGGGCUGGCUUGUGCACCUUGACACCUCUUCUUCUUGACCCGAUUCUUGGCCAUGCCCAGUUUCGGCGAGGGAUGGUCCAUGUCAUUGGGCGCAUCCCUUGGUACAUGCAUCUCACUCACCUCAUGCAAUGCCCUUCAUGGGUCGACGCGGGUGACUUCGAGGCACGGCAACACGAGUUUGCCGUGCGUCGGGACCGCUCGCGAGACGCAAUCACAAAGGUGUACAGGAGAGUCCUGGAGUUCGAAAUGAACUGCGUCUGUGCGGCGGCCAGUGCUUGGAACUCGGUCGCUAAACACGCCGUCCGAUGGAAGACCAUUGACAAGAUGGUGGACGGGAUAUAUGAGAGUGACGAGGCGGCCAGAGAGUUGGUGAAUGAACUCGUUGUUGAGGGCCCCCGGCGACAAAAGAUGGCAACGCGGGACGUUGACCUUGACGUCGAUGCUCUGGACAAGCUACGGCAGCAGGAACAGGAGGACUUGGACCAGAAGAUACCCGAGGACCGACCUUUGUGAAAACCUGCAUGUCGACCUUGUUGUUUUUAGCAUAGCCUC